CCUCCACAGGCAGGCAGAACUAGCGUUUGCGUCUGCGUGACCCUCCUCGCGUGGAGCCUUUCGCGGUUGCUCUGGGACACAACCGCAGCAGCCAGCAGCGUUGGAUCCAAAAGAGGAUCAUGACAUCGCAGGGAAUCCAUGACCUUUGAACAGACCACAUUAAUGACUGGCCUUGGACACUACUUACUGGAAAUAUCCCCAUAUCCCACUGAUGAAUAUGCCACAGAAUCGUCUAUGGGUAAAAAAGGAACUGAGGUUGUUGGGGUCUAUACAACUGAUGACUAGCCUGAUCAUACAGAGCCUGGGAUACUUCUGGACAUACCUGUUUUUUUCUCAAAGUAUUGUAUUUGAAAAAGGAAGUGAGUAUUUUCCUGCCAUUGGAACUUCAGGAUAUUCACUUUGGUCCUCUUUUCUUUUUAGCACAUCAGGAAGCCUUUCAAUAAUAUUACAGAGGAGGCCUUCAAAUGACAUGCUGAUCUGGACUCUGACAAUGAAUAUCUUAAGCGUCUUCGCAACACUGAUAGGCUUGUACUUAACAACAUUUGAACUGACGUUGGCUUCAAAGAUAAAAACUCCUAUUUGGCAAUAUCGAAGUGCUAGGAUGCUUACAGUAUAUAUCCUCCUGUUCACUAUCUUGGAGAUGUUUGUGGCAGCCAUGGCAACUGAGUGGACCUGUAAAGCAAGACAAACAGAUGAAGAAAACAGUUCCUAGAAGAAAACAAACCUUUUCCUACAUGCUAAAAGAAGUAUCAUGGCCUGAGUCAAGGAGAAAAGUGCAAUGAUGAGUGGAGGACUUCAUUUAAUUCAAGGGACCGCUCAGAAAUGGAAUUUUAUUGUCUGUCUCAGUAUUUCCUCUCCUCCAUUUCAUUAAUUAAAAAAUGAUAGCAAUGAAUAUCUUUGUCUUUCUGUGUGGGAAAUUCAGCAUGAAUUUAUUUCAUUGACAUAAAUUAAUCCGGGGUUGAAUCUGGUAAGCCUGAGUUAAAGGGUACUGUUAAUCCCAAGAAAUCUCAUGAAAGAGCAUGGAUUUUCUAGCAUGGAUUCUAUAGCUAAUGAGAUGAAGUAAUGCUGACUCAAAGCAAUUCCAUAAUGAAAAGAUGGAUAAGCCGUCUCAUCAUGUGAAGCAGACUAGCUCUAAACAUCUGC